UUUAGUCUGAGAAAAACGAUCGGAGAUCCAGGAGGUGUCUGCUGGACGUGGUGUGCGCUAUUCGACUGUCGAUGCUGUGUUGUACAUAUUGUUUAUAUAUAGAAAGAUAGAACAUCUUUGUGUUCCCAAACUGAAUCGGAAACGGAAAAAUUCAAAUUUUUACCAUCGUUUGUGUGCGGCGCAUUCUAAAUAUAAAUAAAAAGAAAUAGCUUUCGGUUAAUGCCGCAUUGAAAAUACCCAUCCGACAAUACUGCCCCCUAAUCCUACACAGCAAGUCCUGAAAGUCCCAUGCCAAAGUGGCCCUGUUUCGUCUAAUUAUAUAGUGAGACCUGAGCAUGGAAAGAUCGCCAGCAGCCAAUGCCGCGGAGCCUCCUGGCGAGGAUGGAGGAUUCGAAACGGGCCAACGUCCACCACCUCGCAUCACGUUUAGCGAAAACUCCAGCUCCCUGAUCCGCUGCAUCCCCAACGAACGUGCCACGUUCUUCGUGAAGAUCGACUGUGUCGAAGAGGAUUUGCCGGAACUGCUGCCCUUCAAAUUCGAGUGGACCCGAGGUGAUGUCCCCAUCGAGAACUCCGACCGCUUCCGCAUUACGGCAACCAGCAAUGCAGUCCAGCUGGCUGUGGAGCAUGUGCAGCGGGAGGACGCCGGCCACUACACGCUGUUCGCCAGGACGAAGAGCCACGAUGUGGUGCGCAGGCACGUGGAGCUCAUUGUGGAGGACAGAUCCACGGGCGAUGAUCCGCCGGUGUUCCUGCGCCGCCUGCUCGACCUCUCCGUCAAAGUGGGCACCCGGACACGUCUUCUUACCGAAAUUCGAAGUUCCACAGAUCUUAAGCUCACCUGGUACAGAAACGACCGGAGGGUGUGUGCCAACGAUCGCAUCGUAGAAAUUAAUGAGGGCACCUUCCAUUAUUUGGAGAUUAGUCCUGUGACGCUCGAUGACGGCGGUCAGUGGAUGCUAAUGGCAGAGAACUUUGGUGGUCGAAACUCAUGUUUGGGAACGCUGAACGUCUUAGUGCCAAAGGCUUACAAGACUCCGGAGUUUGUGGAGGAGCUGCGUGCGGUGCUUACUGAGCAGGGAACCGUUUCGCUGGAGUGCAAGGUCGUGGGCGUGCCAACGCCGCAUUUGCGCUGGUUUAAGGACUCCAAGGAGAUCAAGGCUGGAGAUAUCUUCGCCUUGACUGCCAACGCAGAUGAUCCUACCUCACUUGGAACGUACACAUGUGAGGCUCGCAACUGCAUGGGCGUUACUUAUUCCAGCUCCAAGGUACAUGUAGUGGGACGCGGAAGUCGCGAAGGAUCCCUCAAGCCGGCGGAUAGCGUGGCGAGCAAUGCGCCGCCUCCGAUAUUCACGAACGAACUGCGAGAUAUGAGCAUUCUCAUCGGGGAGACCAUCAUUCUCGGUUGUCAAGUGGUGGUACCGCCGUGGCCAAAAAGCGUCUGCUGGUACAAUGCAAACGGACGGGUGGAUACCGCUGAGCGGUACAAACUGAUCGAGGACGGUCUCGGUGUCUAUAUGAUCGAAGUAAAGCCCUCGGAAUCCUGUGAUGCCGGCGAAUGGAAAUGCGUGGUGACCAGCUUUGACGGCAGUGUCGGUAUUUCAUCGUGUACCGUUGCCAUGGACAUUCCCAGGAACUAUCGCAAGCCCAGGUUCAUGGAGAGUCUGCGCGCCGUUCUCACCGAGGAGGGACUUGUGUCAUUUGAAUGCAAGGUGGUGGGCUUCCCCACGCCACUGCUUAAGUGGUUUAAGGAUGGGCACGAGUUGAAGCCAGGUGAUGUCUACCAACUCACGGGCACCAACUCUUUGGGAACCUAUUGCUGCGUUGCCAGUAAUUGCAUGGGAGGAACCAGUAGCACUGCCGUUCUCACCGUAGAGGACAUCCAAAACCAGCUGACCGAUGAGGAGCGUCUUGUCUUCUCCCAACAAAGCCAGAACCAAGCGCCAAAGUUUCUCACUGGACUUAAGAGCACGGAUGCCAAGAUCAACGAACCUUUCCAAUUCAAGGUGGUGGUAAAGGCCACUCCGGAUCCCAUACUUUCUUGGUUCCGUGACGAGCUUCCUAUUGAUCCGAACGAACGAUAUAACCAUUACCGGGGCGAAAACGAGGACUGGCUGCUGGACAUUAAUUCGGUGGAGUUUGUGGAUCAAGCAGAGUGGAAGUGUGUGGCCGUAAAUGAUUUCGGCACUAGCAUUACAUCCUGCUUUCUGAAGCUGCAGAUCCCCCGGCACUACAAGAAACCCCGCUUCCUGGAAUGCCUGCGAGCGGUGCUCACAGAAGAGGGAGCCGUCAAUCUUGAGUGCAAAGUCAUCGGAGUUCCCCAGCCAGCCCUUAAGUGGUAUAAGGAUGGCGUGGAACUUAAACCCGGUGAUAUUCACCGCAUAAUUUCUGGACAGGAUGGCACCUGCUGCCUUGGCACCUACACUUGUGAGGCCAGAAAUUGCAUGGGUGUCGUUGCCAGCUCUGCAUCGCUUCUGGGUUUUGAAGAUGCCCAGAAGAGUCAACAGCAGAAGAGCGAACAGUUACAUGAGAACGAGCUGCAGAGGAAUUACUCUUUGUCCACCAUUCAGGAGGAGCGCACCUCACAGCUGUACGAGACGCCUGUCGGUGACAUAACCAUCGAUGAAAAGGGUGAUGUGUCGUUCUCUUUCGAUGGCAAGGAGGUAUCUGUUUCCCUCUACGAAACUCCUGACCUUACGGAGGAAGAGGCUCUCAAAAUUGUGGAGAUGUAUGCCGAUCAAAUCUCUGAGCAUGUCACUGAACACAAUAUUGUGGAACUGCCACCGUUACGUUUUGUCAAGGAGACAUCGCAAUCGGGAAAACUUCUGAUGGAAGCCGUGGUCAUCGAUAUUUCACCCGAAUAUUUCACAGUCGAAGAGGAUAUGCGUACAGAGGCUGAUAUGGAUGACAUUUCCAUAAACGAGAUCACAAUACACGGCUCGUCAGGAAGGGAAGGAAUAAUUGACAAGGAGACUGAGCAAUAUGUCCAGGAGUCCUUUGAUAAAAUGGAGGAGGAAUUAUCCCUUUCAGCUCCAAUUCGUAAGCGAAAGAAGUCCAAGCCAACAGAGACAGAUGAAUUCUUCAGCCUAUCCAAAGCAUCACCAUCUGGCAGCCAAGGCGAUGAGGAGGCGUCCGAUUUGCAAACCUUUGCCAGUGCACAAAUGUCCGCAUCCCAAAAGGCCGCGUCUGAAGCUCAAACCAGUCCCGAAAAAGACAAAGAUUCUGUGGCACCGCCGAAACGGAAGAAGUCAAAGAAACCGACAGACAGUGAUUCAUCCAAGACAACUGAGGAUGAUGCUCGAUUGCAGGAUAUUUCGGGUGCAGUUGGCGAUGGACUCUUGUUCACACCAUCUUCUCAAGCAAAGGUGGUCACCGACGAGAGUGAGAUCAAUAAAAAUUUAAUUGCUCUCGUUCCUCUGGCCAAGUUGCUCAAGGUUAUUGAGAAUCAUUUGGCAGCAGUGGAGAAUGAGGUGAUGGAACAGUCCACCAUGAUGAUGACCCCGUCAGCAGCAGAUCAGAGCAUUGCCAUCAUUCGGAAUAUCAUAGAUCCCAUCAAGCAAAUCGAAUCAAAACUGCGGGUCUACUCUGGUGAGACUCACAUCGAUGCCCUCAUCCAAUCAAUGGACGAAGAUAUUCGGCGGUUGCACAUGGGUCUGCAGGUCAUCGAAAAGUGUGUGGAGAUCGACGAGACGGGAGCAACGCUCAUCCAACGCACAAGUGUCUGUAUCAUUGACAGCGUAGCUGACCAAAUGAAAAGAGCUCUGGACGAGCUGAAAAUUGUGAGCAGAAAGUUCGAGUCAGAGUGUCUUCGUGCCCAAAUCGAACUGACUGCCGAUGACAUCCAACAGGGACUAGAAAUCACGCAGGGCACUAUAAAGUCGCAAGCCCUUCUCCAGGAGGCCCAGGAAUUGGAGGCAGCUAAGCACUUUUCGGAAACUGUUGAAAAAAUGCAAGAAGUGCCUGAUUCCAUAUCCUUUGCCACCAUAUCGGAAGCCAAUCUUCCCAGCGAAGCUAGUGCACUGAAGGAGAUUUGCAAGCCAGUGGCUAAGAUUCAGGAAGCCCUAGAACGCGUUGAAAUGGAGCUGUCUUUAGAAGAGUCAGAGGAGCAGAUUUAUAAGAAAGUGCACCAGAAGGUGCUUGAGAGUAUUGUGGAACCCAUUAAGGAACUUCAAAACACUCUGCAGUCCAUUGAAGAUAAAACCGAAUCCCUUGUGGGUUCUGAGUCAAUGGAACAGAAAAUAAACAUGGCCAUUCUUGAUAUUGUGACCCCUCCACUUUUCGAGCUUAAUAAGGGUCUCGAAGUUAUCCUUAAUGAAAAAUCAGACAGUGUGGAGGGAGGAAUGCUGACCGUUAGCACUGUGGAAUCGAUGGUACCACCAUUGCAGGAGAUUCAGAAUGGUUUGGCACAGCUGGGACAAGAUCUGGAAAGCGGUCAGUCAUCCAUGCCUCACGAGGAACACCGAUCUGAGCCUGGACUUGAUGUGGCUGACACCCAGAAAUUGUUGCAGUCGUUUGCUCAAGGUGUCUUGCAUUUUGAGACGAAUAUCGAGAGGAUCUCUCCGCGUCUCUCCUCCAACGUAAAGAUUCGCUUACUAAAUCUAAAGGAUGAAUUGUCAGUUUUAAUAAGCACUAUUUUGGAAAAAGACAUAACCGGACAUCAUGUAGAGCUGCUGGAUAGACUAAAACGACCAGUCGACGAGUUGAACUACUGCAUCCGGCAGACAGAGGUUAAGAAUAUGACUGGGUCUCUAGCUGACCUUAUUGAACCCCUCAGCAUGUUGCAAGAAAACACCCAAAAAAGUCACGGCCGCUUGCUAACAGCUAGAGAUCCCGAUCAGCAAGCUCUUCAAACUUUGGACAAUAUACGCAGCAUAAUUCGUAACGUGGUUAUUGACAUAGAAGAGCAUGAGUUUAAGAUCCUUCAGCAGGAGAUUCAGCAGGAUGAGGAAUACGCGGCGCAGCAGCAGGACAAAUCAUUUAGUGCCUUGCGGAAGGUACUAGAAACCAAGGUUUCCCUAGAGGAAGCAGUGGGCAACAUCGAAACACUGCAGGAAGCAUUGAACAAAAUCAGCGAGAGCCCUAAAUCUUCGGAAAGGGUGAAAACCUCCUCAAAUGAAGCACAGGUAUAUCUCCUACGUAUCCUGCAAAUUGCCAAGGGUUUGGCAACAUUUAGCGAGGCAGAGACAACGCUCGAUGUCAACGAGGCCAACACAACCAGAAUUCUUUUCGAGUGUGGCAAAAGUUUUGCUGACUUGGCUAAAGCCCUGGACAGUCCUGAAUCUUUGACUGAGAAUGAAUUUUUAAAUGCCCUGAAUCAGUUUGGUGAUAUUGUUGGCCAACAAAAGCAAUCAAUGGAUGAGAAGCUGUCUAUUGCCAGUCCCCUCUCCAGCCUGAUUCAUGUGCUUGAAAAUUUAAAGCCUUUGAAAGCUUCAAUGGAGGACUUAUCCACUUUGGAUGAUGUGUCAGUGCUUAAGUCAGCCGCAGAGUCUUUGCCCACUGAUCCGGAGGCGGAAGUACCUUCAAGUGUCGAGAAACCCUCAUCUGUUGCCGUCUUACUGACUGAUUUGAAUCAAGGAAUUACUUCGGUUCUUUCACAUUGCGAAGAUCCUGACGUGGUAUCUUUAUCGGGUCCUGCUGCCCAGCAAGUCCAGGCGGCCCUUGUUAAGAUGCAAGAACUGCAAAAUAGUUUGGCUUUGGUGCAGGAAACACACGUGGUGGAAGCCGCCCAUUCUCUGUCAGAGGCAAGUCAGCAGGGUACCUUCGCCGAAGCUCUCUGCAGUUUGGAACGCUGUGUUGUUCAGGUUGAGGAGUACAUGGCCCACAGUGACGUUGAAAAUUUGAGUGAUCUUGAACUGUCCAAGCUCAAGGCAUUGGCCAACCCAAUACGUGAUGUAAGACAGUACUGCGAACAGAUUGAUGUGCAACUCUUGGAAAAUGCCAUUGAUAUAUCCACCCAGGGUGAUAUCUCGGAGUUAAAGAGCAGUGGAAAUCAGCAAACUGUUUCAGAUCAUAUCCAGGAAGUAGCUGUUGUAGAAGAAGAGCCAAUUGUGGAAGUUUUUGAUAUACAACAAGGUGUCGCCAGUGGCAUUAAGCAACUAGAAGCUUGUUUAGAAGUCACCCAGGCUGAUGCCAACAAGGAACUCCAGCAAGUUGGUAAAAUAAUGGAGCAACUCAAGUCCGACUUAGAGAAUAUACAGACUGCUCUUCUAACGGAUAGUGUUCAGCAGGAAACUGUUCUGGCUCAAGCCGAAAUAGCCCGUACCAUGUUUAAAUUAAAGGAAUCUUUGGUACAUACUUAUGAAUCUGGUCUGGUUGAUUCUUUGGAGAACGUGGAGAGUGCCUUCGAAGACAUAUUGCUUUCGUUGCCCAUUUUAGAAUCUCAGCUGGCAGAGGAAAUGUUUGGAAAAAUCGAAAAGUCUUUCGGAAACUUCGUUAUCUACUGUGAGAAGUUAGAAGGUGCGGAUUAUCAAAACCUAAAAACUCUUAAGAGUCCUAUUGAAAAUCUUGUACGUUCCAUUGGAGCUGUGGCCGCUCAACCCACCGUCGAUGUUGAUAAAUCAUCUGCGGUUGUUGUGCAGCUACAGACAAAUCUAAUGGCUGCUUUUCGAAGUCUAAAUGAAGUCAGCGAGAAGGUAACUAACGAGGUCUUGGGUGGUCUUUUAAAGACUCAAAGUAGCCUAGUGACUGUCUUCGAUUUCAUUGAGAAUAACGAAAACACAAUUCGCGUCAUAGAACUUUUACAGGAAAUUGAUUCCAUUACCGCGGAAUUGAAGGCAUUAACUGAAAUUCCAGUGGAGCCUACGGUGCCUAUCGAUAUUAGUAUUAUUAUAGAAAAUGUUUCGUCUGGCAAAGCAUUCCUCACCGAAAUCGAGGAGGGACUUAAAGCUAAUAAUCCGCAAUGUAUCCUUUUGCUCGAUGAGAACACGGAUGAUAUUGCUCAGCUAGAGGCAACUCUUGUGCAAAUUGAAAAAGAAAUCCUUUCUCAGCCUCAACUUACUCAGAUUACUAAGAAGCAAUAUACUCUAAUAGAAACACUGCAGUUGCAGAUUAAUGUUUUACAGGAAAAACUGAACAAGCUAAACGUAUUCCUUUCCGAACUUCAAAGUCAAUCGGACGUAUCUUCGCCUGAAUCAGCCUUUGAUACUGACAUAGAAAUCAAAGAGAGUUCAGAAAGCCCAGAGGAUAUUGGCCCAGAAGCCAAAAGACCCAAAAUCUUGGAGACUGAUCAACAACAAGAUUCUAGCAAGCAACCCGAAACACAAAAUAUUACUCAGGAUUUAACUAAAGAGGCCAAAGAUGUUACAAAGAAAACGAAGGAUACUGAAUCGCAACUCCAAAGCGAAAAGAAAUCACCUGAAGAGGAAAAGUCAGCUGACCAAAAGGCACAAGAAUCUAAGCAAGAAGUUGAGCAAAUUAAGGAACCACAAUUGGUAGAAAAAAAUAUAGUCGAGUCGGAAAAACCAUCAGAUAUUGUCCCUCAAAAGGCAUCUCCACAAAUUGUACUGGAAGCUCUAACGGAAAAGUUAUCCCAAUCUCUUAAUAAUGAAACACUUAAUGAAUCCAUUAAAUCUAUUAUCACAGAAGGACAAGAUAUUCUUGAUAACAUUAAUGAUGUCGACAAAGUUUCAAAAUCUAUAUUCAAAUUGAGAGAACAUAUAGUUCAUACUUAUGAUGGUAAGCCACCUGAGGAUCAGGUAGACAAAGAACUUGUCGAAGACUUUAUAGAAUCACUUUUGGAAGCCUGCCCAGAAGCCUCUGCACAAGUCAUUCAAAACUACAUUAAAGAAAUUAAAACCAACAUUAUUUUAACAAAGGCAGCGAUUCAACUUAUCGAUGAUAGCAACUUGUUCACGAAGCCGUCCCUACUGGUUCCAAAAUUGGUUAAUCUAGAAAAAAUUGCAGAAAAAACCCAGACGGAUAAACAUAUUGAUAAAUCAUCUGAAAAAAUGAUAAGCUUGCAGCAGAAUUUAAUGGACAUUUUCAUUGUAUUUGAUGACCUCUUAGACGAAAAUACGGAAAAAAUAAAUCCUAAGAUAGAAGAAUUGAAAACCAUAUUGCUUAGCGAAUAUGAUUAUAUUGAGAAAAAACAGGGUCAGCUCCAUACUGCUGUGCUUCAAGGGAAAAUACAAGUAAUUACUCAAAGGAUUCUUAAUAUUUGUGAAGAAUUUAAGGAAUGUAUUGAAAAACAAAACGAACAGCAGGAAAAAGCAACUGAUACAAAUCUUCCUGAAGAAAAGACCGAAGAUGUUGUAGACCACUCAAAAGCAUGCACAGUUUUAGAAGAUCCCAAGAAGUCGGAGAUUAUCGAGCCUGCAACUAAAUUAGAGGCUGCCGAUUCUUUAGUAGAGCUAAAGCCAGAAGAUGUACCACAGCAACAAGCUGACAUAGAAGUUGAACAAAAGUUCCAGAAACCAGAAGGAUCUGAUGAUGUUGUUGAGAAGAUUAGAGAGGAAAAGAUUGAAGAACCACAGAAAGCCGAAAUAAAGGACACUCAAAGCAAGUUAGAGAAGGGUGAAGCUUUCGAUAAGCAAGUUCUUGAGGAAAAGCAGUUGGAAGUUGAGGCACAAAAGUCUGCUGACAAGAAUGUCGAUCAAAAGUCCCAGAAACCAGAAGUAUCUGAGGUCGUCGCUGAAAAGAUUUCCGAGGAAAAGAUUAAAGAACCCAAGAAGCCUGAAAUAAAGGACGCUGAAACGAAAUCAGAGAAGGGUGAAGCUUUCGAUAAGCAAGUUCUUGAGGAAAAGCAGUUGGAAGUUGAGGGACAAAAGCCAGCUGAUAGAGAUAUCGAUCAAAAGUCCCAGAAACCAGAAGUAUCUGAGGUAGUCGCUGAGAAGAUUUCCGAGGAAAAGAUUGAAGAACCCAAGAAGCCUGAAAUAAAGGACACUGAAACGAAAUCAGAGAAGGGUGAAGCGUUCGACAGGGAAGUUCUUGAGGAAAAGCAGUUGGAAGUUGAGGCGCAAAAGCCAGCUGACAAGGAUGCCGAUCAAAAAUCCCAGAAGCCAGAAGUAUCUGAGGUCAUCGCUGAGAAGAUUUCCGAGGAAAAGAUUGAAGAACCCAAGAAGCCUGAAAUAAAGGACGCUGAAACGAAAUCAGAGAAGGGUGAAGCUUUCGAUAAGCAAGUUCUUGAGGAAAAGCAGUUGGAAGUUGAAGCACAAAAGCCGGCUGACAAGGAUGUCGAUCAAAAAUCCAAGCAACCAGAAGUAUCUGAAGUUGUUGCUGAGAAGAUUUCCGGGGAAAGGAUUGAAGAACCAAAGAAGCCUGAAAUAAAAGACGCUGAAAGCAAGUUAGAGAAGGGUGAAGCAUUCGACAAGCAAGUUCUUGAGGUAAAGCAAUUAGAAGUUGAGGGACAAAAGCAAGCUGACAAGGAUUUCGAUCAAAAGUCCCAGAAACCAGAAGUAUCUGAGGUAGUCGCUGAGAAGAUUUCCGAGGAAAAGAUUGAAGUACCCAAGAAGCCUGAAAUAAAGGACGCAGAAACGAAAUCAGAGAAGGGUGAAGCUUUCGAUAAGCAAGUUCUUGAGGAAAAGCAGUUGGAAGUUGAAGCACAAAAGCCGGCCGACAAGGAUGUCGAUCAAAAGUCCCAGAAGCCAGAAGUAUCUGAGGUCAUCGCUGAGAAGAUUUCCGAGGAAAAGAUUGAAGAACCCAAGAAGCCUGAAAUAAAGGACGCUGAAAGCAGGUUAGAGAAGGGUGAAGCGUUCGAUAAGCAAGUUCUUGAGGAAAAGCUGUUGGAAGUUGAGGGACAAAAGCCAGCUGAUAAAGAUAUCGAUCAAAAGUCUAAGAAACCAGAAGUAUCUGAGGUAAUCGCUGAGAAGAUUUCCGAGGAAAAGAUUGAAGAACCCAAGAAGCCUGAAACGAAAGCAGAGCAGGGUGAAGCUUUCGAUAAGCAAGUUCUUGAGGAAAAGCAGUUGGAAGUUGAGGGACAAAAGGCCGCUGAUAAAAAUAUCGAUCAAAAGUCCCAGAAACCAGAAGUAUCUGAGGUCGUCGCUGAGAAGAUUUCCGAGGAAAAGAUUGAAGAACCCAAGAAGCCUGAAAUACAGGACGCUGAAACGAAAUCAGAGAAGGGUGAAGCUUUCGAUAAGCAAGUUCUUGAGGAAAAGCAGUUGGAAGUUGAGGGACAAAAGCCAGCUGAUAAAAAUAUCGAUCAAAAGUCCCAGAAACCAGAAGUAUCUGAGGUCGUCGCUGAGAAGAUUUCCGAAGAAAAGAUUGAAGAACCCAAGAAGCCUGAAAUAAAGGACACUGAAACGAAAUCAGAGAAGGGUGAAGUUUUCGAUAAGCAAGUUCUUGAGGAAAAGCAGUUGGAAGUUGAAGCACAAAAGCCGGCAGACACGGAUGUCGAUCAAAAGUCCAAGCAACCAGAAGUAUCUGAAGUUGUUGCUGAGAAGAUUUCCGAGGAAAGGAUUGAAGAACCAAAGAAGACUGAAAUAAAGGACGCUGAAAGCAAGUUAGAGAAGGGUGAAGCAUUCGACAAGCAAGUUCUUGAGGUAAAGCAAUUAGAAGUUGAGGGACAAAAGCAAGCUGACAAGGAUGUCGAUCAAAAGUCCCAGAAACCAGAAGUAUCUGAGGUAGUCGCUGAGAAGAUUUCUGAGGAAAAGAUUGAAGAACCCAAGAAGCCUGAAAUAAAGGACGCAGAAACGAAAUCAGAGAAGGGUGAAGCUUUCGAUAAGCAAGUUCUUGAGGAAAAGCAGUUGGAAGUUGAGGGACAAAAGCCAGCUGAUAAAAAUAUCGAUCAAAAGUCCCAGAAACCAGAAGUAUCUGAGGUCGUCGCUGAGAAGAUUUCCGAGGAAAAGAUUGAAGAACCCAAGAAGCAUGAAAUAAAGGACGCAGAAACGAAAUCAGAGAAGGGUGAAGCUUUCGAUAAGCAAGUUCUUGAGGAAAAGCAGUUGGAAGUUGAGGGACAAAAGGCAGCUGAUAAAAAUAUCGAUCAAAAGUCCCAGAAACCAGAAGUAUCUGAGGUCGUCGCUGAGAAGAUUUCUGAGGAAAAGAUUGAAGAACCCAAGAAGCCUGAAAUAAAGGACGCAGAAACGAAAUCAGAGAAGGGUGAAGCUUUCGAUAAGCAAGUUCUUGAGGAAAAGCAGUUGGAAGUUGAGGGAAAAAAGCCAGCUGAUAAAGAUAUCGAUCAAAAGUCCCAGCAACCAGAAGUAUCUGAGGUAGUCGCUGAGAAGAUUUCCGAGGAAAAGAUUGAAGAACCCAAGAAGCCUGAAAUAAAGGACGCUGAAACGAAAGCAGAGAAGGGUGAAGCUUUCGAUAAGCAAGUUCUUGAGGAAAGGCAGUUGGAACUUGAGGGACAAAAGGCCGCUGAUAAAAAUAUCGAUCAAAAGUCCCAGAAACCAGAAGUAUCUGAGGUCGUCGCUGAGAAGAUUUCCGAGGAAAAGAUUGAAGAACCCAAGAAGCAUGAAAUACAGGACGCUGAAACGAAAUCAGAGAAGGGUGAAGCUUUCGAUAAGCAAGUUCUUGAGGAAAAGCAGUUGGAAGUUGAGGGACAAAAGCCAGCUGAUAAAAAUAUCGAUAAAAAGUCCCAGAAAGCAGAAGUAUCUGAGGUCGUCGCUGAGAAGAUUUCCGAAGAAAAGAUUGAAGAACCCAAGAAGCCUGAAAUAAAGGACGCUGAAAGCAGGUUAGAGAAGGGUGAAGCGUUCGAUAAGCAAGUUCUUGAGGAAAAGCAGUUGGAAGUUGAGGCACAAAAGCCCGUUGACAAGGAUGCCGAUCGAAAGUCCCAAAAACCAGAAGUAUCUGAGGUUAUUGCUGAAAAGAUAUCUCAGGAAAAGCUUGAAGAAUCAAAAGACAUAGAAACUAAAGAAGGAAAGGGAGUUCCUUUGGACAAGAAAGCCUUAGAGGAUGCGACAAGGAGAACGAAAACCGAAGAGGAUAUUCUAAAGACUUUAAAGGACAACUUCACUAAAUUAAGCAGGGCAGCGGGCUGUAGUGAAAUUUUGACAGAAUGUGAAAAUAUAAUCAAUAACCUUAACGAAGUUGAAGCAGUUGCCAAAUUACUAUUUAAAUUAAGAGAGCAAAUAGUUCACACCUACGAUGGAAAAGCAGUCGAAGAUCAAAAUCAUAAAGAACUCUUUGAAUCUUUUAUUGAAUCGCUGUGCGAAGCCUGUCCCGAAGCAGCUGAUCAAGUAAUUCACAAUUAUCUUAAAGAAAUUAAAACCAAUGUGAUCCUUACAAAAGCAGCAAUUCAACUUAUUGACGAUAGCAAUAUGUUCACAAAGCCAUCCUUAUUGAUACCAAAAAUACUAAAUUUGGAGAAAAUAUCGAUAAAAAUUCAAUCGGAAUCAUUUGUUGAUAAGUCAUCGGAAAAAAUGAUUAGCUUGCAACAGAGCUUAAUGGAUAUUUUCGUUAUUCUUGAUGACCUCUUAGAUGAAAAGACUGAUGUAUUGAAACCAAAAAUAGAAGAAAUUAAAACAAUACUACUGAGCGACUAUGAUUAUAUUGAAAAGAAAGAUGGAGAGAUUCAUACAGCUGUUAUUAAUGGGAAGAUUAAAAUAAUUACGCAAAAUAUUUUAACUAUUAUUGAAGAUCUUAAGCAAGUGUCUGAAGAACCAUCACCAACCAUCAGAACGAUUUCCGAAGAAAAGGUGGAAGAAGGCCAAAAGUCCGAAGUUAAGGACUCUGAAGAAAAGUCUACAAAGGCUAAAGUCCUAGAGAAGAAGUAUGUUGAAGAAGAACAACUGGAAGAAAAGUUACAUAAACAGGAUGAGAUCGCUGCUGAUAAGAAGGCUCAAAAAGCAGAGGUUUCCGAGGAUGUUGUCGAAAAGGUCUCCGAGGAGAAGGUGGAAGAGAGCCAAAAGUCCGAAGUUAAGGACUCUGAAGCCAAGUCUAAGAAGGCUAAGGUCCCGGAGAAGAAGUCUGUCGAAGAAGAAAAACUUGACGAAAAGAAACAAAGGCAGGCUGAAGUCACUGCUGAUAAGAAGGCUCAAAAGGUAGAGGUUUCCGAGGUUGUUGCUGAAAAGGUUUCCGAGGAGAAGGUGGAAGAAAGCCAAAAAGCCGAAGCUAAGGAAUCUGAGGAAAAGUCUAAGAAGGUUCAAAAUGCAGAGGUUUCCGAGGUUGUUGCCGAGAAGAUUUCCGAAGAGAAGGUGGAAGAUAGCAGAAAGUCCGAAGUUAAGGACUCUGAAGCAAAUUCUAAGAAGGCUAAGGUCCUGGAGAAGAAGUCUGUUGAAGAAGAAAAAAUUGACGAAAAGAAACAAAAGCAGGCUGAAGUCACUGCUGAUAAGAAGGCUCAACAGGCAGAGGUUUCCGAGGUUGCUCCUGAAAAGAUUUCCGAAGAAAAGGUGGAAGAAAGCCAAAAGUCCGAAGUUAAGGACUCUGAAACCAAGUUUAAGAAGGCUAAGGUCCUGGAGAAGAAGUCUGUCGAAGAAGAAAAAAUUGACGAAAAGAAACAAAAGCAGGCUGAAGUCACUGCUGAUAAGAAGGCUCAAAAGGCAGAGGUUUCCGAGGUUGUUGCCGAAAAGAUUUCCGAAGAAAAGGUGGAAGAAAGCCAAAAAGCCGAAGUUAAGGAAUCCGAGGAAAAGGCUAAGAAGGCUAAAGCCUUGGAUAAGAAAUCCGAUAAAGAGGAAAAACUGGAAGAAAAGAAUCAAAAACAGGUCGAUGUCGCUGCUGAUAAAAAAGUUCAAAAGGCAGAGGCUUCCGAGGUUGUUGCCGAAAAGAUUUCCGAAGAAAAGGUGGAAGAAAGCCAAAAGUCCGAAGUUAAGGACUAUGAAACCAAGUCUAAGAAGGCUAAGGUCCUGGAGAAUAAGUCUGUCGAAGAAGAAAAACUUGACGAAAAGAAACAAAAGCAGGCUGAAGUCAUUGCUGAUAAGAAAGCUCAACAGGCAGAGGUUUCCGAGGUUGCUUCUGAAAAGAUUUCCGAAGAAAAGGUGGAAGAAAGCCAAAAGUCCGAAGUUAAGGACUCUGAAACCAAGUUUAAGAAGGCUAAGGUUCUGGAGAAGAAGUCUGUCGAAGAAGAAAAAAUUGACGAAAAGAAACAAAAGCAGGCUGAAGUCACUGCUGAUAAGAAGGCUCAAAAGGCAGAGGUUUCCGAGGUUGUUGCCGAAAAGAUUUCCGAAGAAAAGGUGGAAGAAAGCCAAAAAGCCGAAGUUAAGGAAUCCGAGGAAAAGGCUAAGAAGGCUAAAGCCUUGGAUAAGAAAUCCGCCAAAGAGGAAAAACUGGAAGAAAAGAAUUUAAAACAGGUCGAUGACGCUGCUGAUAAAAAAGUUCAAAAGGCAGAGGCUUCCGAGGUUGUAGCCGAAAAGAUUUCCGAAGAAAAGGUGGAAGAAAGCCAAAAGUCCGAAGUUAAGGACUCUAAAACCAAGUCUAAGAAGGCUAAGGUCCUGGAGAAGAAGUCUGUCGAAGAAGAAAAACUUGACGAAAAGAAACAAAGGCAGGCUGAAGUCACUGCUGAUAAGAAGGCUCAAAAGGUAGAGGUUUCCGAGGUUGUUGCUGAAAAGGUUUCCGAGGAGAAGGUGGAAGAAAGCCAAAAAGCCGAAGCUAAGGAAAAGUCUAAGAAGGUUCAAAAUGCAGAAGUUUCCGAGGUUGUUGCCGAGAAGAUUUCCGAAGAGAAGGUGGAAGAUAGCAGAAAGUCCGAAGUUAAGGACUCUGAAGCAAAUUCUAAGAAGGCUAAGGUCCUGGAGAAGAAGUCUGUUGAAGAAGAAAAAAUUGACGAAAAGAAACAAAAGCAGGCUGAAGUCACUGCUGAUAAGAAGGCUCAACAGGCAGAGGUUUCCGAGGUUGCUCCUGAAAAGAUUUCCGAAGAAAAGGUGGAAGAAAGCCAAAAGUCCGAAGUUAAGGACUCUGAAACCAAGUUUAAGAAGGCUAAGGUCCUGGAGAAGAAGUCUGUCGAAGAAGAAAAAAUUGACGAAAAGAAACAAAAGAAGGCUGAGGUCACUGCUGAUAAGAAAUCUGAACAGGCAGAGGUUUCCGAGGCUGUUGCUGAAAAGAUUUCCGAAGAGAAGGUGGAAGAAAGCCGAAAAGCCGAAGUUGAGGAAUCCGAGAAAAAGUCUAAGAAGGCUAAGGUCUUGGAGAAAAAAUCCGCCGAAGAAGAAAAACUGGAAGAAAAGAAACAAAAGCAGGCUGAAGUCAGUGCUGAUAAGAAGGCUCAAAAGGCAGAGGUUUCCGAGGUUGUUGCCGAAAAGAUUUCCGAGGAGAAGGUGGAAGAAAGCCAAAUGUCCGAAGUUAAGGAAUCUGAAUCAAAGUCUAAGAAGGCUAAGGUCCUGGAGAAGAAGUCUGUCGAAGAAGAAAAACUUGACGAAAAGAAACAAAAGAAGGCUGAAGUCACUGCUGAUAAGAAGGCUCAAAAGGCAGAGGUUUCCGAGGUUGUUGCCGAAAAGAUUUUCAAAGAGAAGGUGGAAGAAAGCCAAAAUGCCGAAGAUAAGAAAUCCGAAGAAACGGACUUGGAGAAGAAAUCCGUAGAAGAAGAAAAACUGGAAGAAAAGAAGCAAAAACAGGCUAAGAUCACUGCUGAUAAGAAAGUUCAAAAGGCUGAGGUUACCGAGGUUACUGCUGAAAAGAUUUCCGUGGAGAAGGUUGAAGAAAGUAGAGACACCGAUGUUAAGGAGUCUGCGGCAAAGUCUAAGAAAGCUAAGGUCUUGGAGAAGAAACCAAUCGAAGAAGAACAACGGGGUGAAAAGAAACUUGAACAGGUUGAGGGGGUUCCUGAAUCGAAAAAGGUCGUGACCGAAGACUCAAAUCUGACUAGAAAUGUGUAUGGCCUUGAAAACAAGGAAACAGCGAUUUUGGACGAGGAAACCCUUCUUGUGAAGCGAAAGCCUUAUGAUGCACAAGAUACUGCCGAUUCUGUUAGCCUGCAAACGUACAAGUCCAUGGAUUCAGAGUACAAGGAUAGAAAGGAAUCCCGUAGUGCCAAACGUAAGCCAACUGUUGACAUCCAAUUGACUAAUCGAAACACGGCGUCGGGCAGCGACCUCAAAUUAACAUGCGGACUAUCGGGUCACGACAUGAAUGUGCAAUGGUUCAAGGAUAAGAGUCUCAUCGAGAACGGUGCCAAGUACAGGAGGACAUUGAACGACGGACUGUCGUGCCUUGAAAUUAAAUCGGCCGAACUUAGUGACUCUGGCAUUUACCGCUGCAUAGCGUCCAAUCAAAAUGGAGAAGUCGAAACUAGCUGUCUUGUGACUAUAUACGAAGCACCUUCAAGUAAAUUUGGCACCCCUCCAAUAUUUACACGCAACAUUCGAGAUGCAUAUCAUUCCCAGGGCAAUCAACUCACUUUGGAGUGCAAGGUUUCGGGCAGUCCCAAGCCAAACAUUUACUGGCAAAGGGAUAACACUCUGUUGCCCGUUGAGGGUAAUAAGUACCAGUAUGCAGAGCAGAGUGAUGGAGUGAAACUCCUGACCAUAGCCAACUUUGACAGCAAUGAUUCCGGCUUGUACACUUGCUAUGCGGAGAGCGAGAAUGGCCAAAUGAAGAUAAGCAAGUUUGUGCAGGCCUCCGAUUAUAUAAGGGAGCGAACUGCUGACAAGAGACCUAUUGAUAAGGUCAUCCAAGAAAUGAAACGGGAGGAAUCCUCUACUUCCUCCGUUAACGACAAUGCUGCAGCUAAGGCAAAGGCCCGUGAGGCCAAAUUGAAACUGAAUCUGGAGACCAGCUUAAAGACUAUGACCAUUGCUAGUGGUAACAAGGCUCAGCUCAUCUGCUACGUGACCGGCAUCAUCGAGGAUGUGCACUGGCUAAGAAACGAGGAGCGUGUAACUAAAGAUGCUCGCCAUAAGAUCUACAACAUAAACGGAGCUAUCAGUCUCGAAAUUUACGAUGCCCGUGUGGAGGAUAGUGGCCACUACAGAUGCGUGGUGAAGAACAGCCGGCAGACUGUCGAAAGCGCUGGUCAGCUAAGUGUGCUCGAUCAGUCGACUGGGAAGUUGCCGGAAAGCUUCUCCAGUGGCAUAACAGAAUUCUACGAUGCCCAGAAAAACGAGAUUAUACUGAGCUGCCAGGUCAAUGGUCGUCCCAAUGUUAGUUGGAUGCGCGAUGACCAUUCGAUUUGUAAUAACCGCUACAGGACAAUCGAAGAACCCGGUGGUAUAAGGAAGCUGAUUAUUCGCAAUCCCAUUUCCUCCGACUGCGGCAUCUUUGCCUGCUAUGCAGAGCACGAGGAUAGGAUUGACUCCACCAGCACCACCAUUAAAGCGGCCGAUCUCAAGCGUCUAAUCAACGUCAGUCAGGAGGAGAAUCCAAGUAUAGCCGAUCAAGACAGCUCUCAUUGGUCUCGCAGUCAGUCGUAUUUGAGUUCGGGAAGCCAAGUAAAUGGCAAUGGAGAACUCCAUAGAGCUGGAGAUCGUGUCCUACGCAGCGUUGGAAAGGCCAAACCGCUUUUCCAUACCCUACUUCACGAUCGCACUGUUUGGGAGGGAGCAAAUCUUCGACUGUUGUGUGCCGUAUCUGGUGACGAGAACACUCACAUUGAGUGGCUAAAGAAUCACAAACCUUUGCCCACGGGAGACAAUCGCUAUCAGACCCUCUUCCUUAAUGGUGAAGCUUCGUUGGAAAUCUUUGCUGCGGUAGCCGAUGAUAGUGGCAACUAUACCUGCUGUGCCACCAACGACUUCGGCGAAAGUUUAACUCAUGCCCAACUUCGGGUAUAUAAAAACUUCAAGGAAGCCCCAUUACCAAGUACUUUUACGCAGCCAAUCCGAGGUAUUACCCGUCUAAAACCAGCUAUGGAAAUCACCUUCGCUUUUAUACAUAUUUGAUGUUCUAACCGCUUCUGUAAACCCAAUUUUUAUGAAAAUCAGAUCCACUA